CAGCAUAAAUUACGCCAUAUUUAUAAAUAUAAUUUUGGUCGCAUAGCUACAAAAAAUUUUUAAAACCAGCCUCAGACACUAAAAUGUUGCUGCUUAUGAAGCGAUCGCUGCUGAACAGUCGCGUUAUAAACAAUGUAAGCAAAAAGAAUUUCUUCAAGCUGAGCUUCAAGAGUGCAGUGACUAGGACGCCAAUGCGUGAGAAAUCAGCGGAUACCAAGCCGCAAAUGCAAGUGCAAGUGCCAGUGGAGACGCCCAAGUUGGAGCCCAAGGUGCAGCACAAUAUAGCGGAUCAGCGUGCCAAGUGGAUGGCAAAGGUGUCGCCCGAAAUGCAGCGCAAGGCGCAGCUGAAAGCUAAAGAGCAAACAACGCCAGCAGUAGCAGCAGCAGCGACGCCAGCAGCAGCAGCGGCAGCACCGCAAGCUUGGGCGCCACAAAAGCAAGCGCAGCUGAAUAAAGCGGCGGAGCCCAAAGGCGUUUGCAGCACAGCGGAGCGCAAGAGCUGGAUGAAUCGCAUGCAAGGCUCACAGCAGCAGAAGCAGGCACAGUGGCUAAACGAUAUGAAGGCCAAACAGCAGGCAGGACGCGAUAUGCAGCAGCAGAAACUCAAUCAGCUAAAGCAAACGCCAGUGAAAGCAGCAGCGACAGCAGCAGCAACAGCAGCAGCUCAAGCUGUGUCUGAGCCUGAGCCUGAGCCUGAACCAGAGCCUAAGACGCCCGAGCGUUUAGCUUAUUUAGCAGCUGUUAAACAGCUAAACAGCUAUCAGCUGCAUGAGCCUGCGCAAGGACGCGCUGUAGUCAAAGCUAAAACUGCAGCUGGUCAGCAGCAAACUGAGCCGAAUAUAGAACUAACGCUUCAAUAUUUAAAGCUAACAGGCUAUGAGCUGGAGCAGCUAACAGCGUUGCCGGUAAUACAAGUAGCUGGCACCAAGGGGCGUGGCAGCACUUGCGCCUUAGUGGAAAGCAUAUUACGCGCGCAUAGCGUUCGAACGGGCGUGCUGACGGCGCCACAUUUAUUUGAAACAAAAGAACGUAUACUGCAUCGAUGGCCAGCGCUGAGUGAGCAGCAGUUAGCGAGCUAGUGGCAUGCACAGCAGCUGCUUGCCACGCUGGCGCCGCUGCAGCCGCCGCCAGUUUAUAACAAGCUGCUGACUGUGCUGGCGUUUCAUGCGUUUCGCGCUGCCGGCGUGGAGGUGGCUAUUGUUGAAAUAGGCGCCGCCUGCGCUGCCGACUGCACGAACAUCACUUCACAUGCGCGCACCAUUGGCAUCAGCACGCUGGGCUGGGAGGCGAGCUUCCAUCUAAGCAACUCCAUGCGUGACAUUGCCUGGGCCAAGGCGGCCAUAAUGAAGCCAGAGUCAAGUCUCUACACCAGCGCCAGUCAGCCCGAGUGCUGCGAAGUGCUGGGGCAGCGCGCCAAGCAGCUGAGCCUGGAGCUGCAUCGCGUGCCGCCUUACGCUGCCUACAUUGAAGCCAAUGCCGAGUGCAAAAAGCAGCUCAAUGACGUCAAUUUUACAGUCAAGCUCAACGCUUCGUUGGCCAUACAGCUGGCCUAUGAUUAUCUGAGACGCCACAAGCCCGAAUACGCGCUUGGCUUGGACCACAACAGCACGCAGCUCACUCCUGCCACAUUACGCGGCUUGAGCGUCUAUGAGCCGCAGGGCAUGUUUCAGUUCUUCAAGCAUGACAUAUUCAAUAUUUAUUUAGACAGCGCCGAUACGCUGGAGAGCAUGAUGAUGUGCCGCGAAUGGUUCUACACACGCACGCGCAGCAGUCGCUCGUCCAAGGUGCUGCUGUUUAGCAAAGUCAACGAGUUCAAUGCCAAGGAUCUGCUUACGAUCAUCAGUCACAAUCUGCGCUUUGAGGAGGCCUGUUUUGUGCCCAGUCCUGUGCUAUUCGAGGGCGAAUCGCUGGAGUCUGAGCAGGCGCAGGCGCAGGCCUGGCAGGGCAUGGAGGAGCUGCAGCGCGCCAAGCGCAAUGCCAGCAAUUGGCGUUCGCUUUGCGAGGAAAAUGGCAGCAAGGAUAACUCGCAGCUCUGCUUGAACGUUGCUGCCGCCUUUGAGCAUCUGCGCGAUAAGUACGCCAAUCAGCGCUAUGGCAUGCGUAGUGAAGUCGAUGUGCUUGUCACUGGCUCCAGGGAGUUAGUUGGCGGCACCAUGCUCUGGAUACAGCAGGCCAAGCGUCAGGAUAUCGCCAAGUUUCGUUGAAGUCGCUGCUCAAGUCCCUUUUUUGUAUUUUAUAGUUUUAUGUUCAUGUGCGUGUCUUCAAAUUUCAAGUUCUCGUUUCACUGAAUUGAGUCAGAAAACACUUUGAUAAAAAUAUUUUAUAAAAGCAAAAUAAAGAAAGUUAGACGAAGCUCUAA